GAAGCAGCUAGAGUCAGUAGUCAGUACUGGCUCGAUCGUCGCCAGCAGAAGAGUGUAUGUACGUUGCGGAGCUUUGCUCUAAGCGCGAGCGCGUUAUAGGUGACUGCACUUUCUCUACGUAAACCGCACCUGCAACACGCACACGUUGUGCAUAGCUUUGCAACACUUUUGUUUGCGAAAAAAAUGUGGUGCCUCCUCUUUGCCGUGUGAUACCGAAACCUUCUCUCUGCUGUCCGUGCAAAGUCGAAAGCUUGAUUUUACGGUGAGUGGCUUCCGAAGGCUUUUGUUGACCAGACGCGGAGUCAAAGUGACAUGCUUUACGAUCUUCCGCGCGCCUCGAAAGAGAACCAAUCAAUUGGGUCUUACAUUGCAACAUCUUUUGACUGAAAGUCCAAAAGGAAGAGGGGAUGAGGCGUCGACGUAACAAAGCCGCCCUCUGAGCCAGGGACAAGGAUCACGCACACGCCAGCAGAAUAAAGAAAGAGAGAGAAAGAGAGUGAGAGAGAGGGAGAGAAAGAGGGAGGGAGAAAAAAAGAUGAUGACCACAAUGGCAAGGCUACCCUGCAAGCAGACCUCGCCUUCGCAGCAGCGCGGGGGUUACACGACGGUCGGCGGUGGUGGUGCGGUCAUGAGCGCGCCUACGAGCUUCGCGCAGAGUCGCGGCUACUGGGAGAUGCAGCAACAGCAGCAGCAGUCGCCGCCACCACCGCCGCCGCAGGCUUACGCGAGAAGCCGUCAUCGACAUCACGCCGAUCACGUCGGUAAACGCAAGAGCGCCGUGGAGCUGCUUCAGGAGUCGAAGGCGUUCUACGUGAAGAGCGAAACGGUGCUGGACCGCAAGCAGGAGUUGAAGAACAGCGGCCACCUGCAGGUCUCACAAGUGACGGCACCCGGAGCACCGCCACGUCUGCUGCGAAAAUGCUCUUCGUCGUCGGGCAGCAACAGCGUGCAAGUCGUCUCGCCGCCUCUGCAGCAGCAGUGCUGCUGGGCCACGUGCCCCGACAUUCCCGACAGACCGCUGCCACCGAAAAGUCCACGUCUAGUACCAGUGCCACAGCGUCGUUCGGGUCCAUCGCCGAACAACGGCGGUUUGGGUAGUGGUAUCGGGCCGAACGAGUCUCAGCUGCAAACCAAACUUCGCCGACUGCUCAACACCGACAGCAAGGAGAACGUGUUCUUCCCCGAGUCCGAAGUGGUACCGGCACCACCCGCCGAGUACGCCACGCCCGCGACCAACGGCGACGACAAGUAUAGAUACUCACCCGGUGGCAGCUUGUCGCCCAGUUGCAGGGACGACGAGAGGUGGGGACAGCAGCCGGCUGGAGAAGUGCGUUUCAAGUUUGGCCGUAGCAAUUCGCAUUCGCACGGAGCGCGGCCAAGUAGCAGUGGCGGUCGAUCGGCUGGAAGUGGUCGCUCAUCUUCGGGACACGGUGGUUCAGCGGCAUCAUCUUAUGAGGCAGCAUCGACCAGUGGCGUUUGUCACAAAUCUCUACCUGAUUUGCACACUAGUACUCGAAGACGAGCAUCCUUGUCGCCGAGAGCGUCGACGAAGUCGUCCACGAAUUCGAGGAGGAUGCAACAGCAACAGAGUCCUGGUUGUUGUCCCGAUUGUGAGACUGGAUCGGAUUAUUCGGAUAGGAGCUUUAACAGGGAUUCCGUUUGUUAUAGAAGUAAAAAUCGUUGCAGCUCGAGGCAUAUAAGGCGUUCCAUGGGCUCGGGAGGUGGUGACGCGAGUAGCGUGCUGUCGUCGGGUGGUAGAACACAAAAAUCCUCAGGAUCAAGUAAACUCAGUCAUGGCGCCAACGCUCGUGAUUCCGGUGGCUCGUCAGGUCAUUGUACUCACAGGAGCGAACCUCCGCCUCGAAUACAGGACUGUUGGAGCCACGUGCGUCGUGACAGCGGGGCGUCGACGCAGCACUCGACGGAGCGCGGCGAGCGUUCGCGUAAAGGCAGUGCAUACAACAAUAACAACGGCACACCACCAUUGGCUGUCGUCAGGCAUUACAGCCCCGACUCCGAGAGCAGUAACAGCCAGACGGAUUACAGUCCCACCUGUAAUUCCAGAUUCUCGGACGGUUGGAAGGAAGGUCGUGGUCGGCCAAUCCUACGCUCAAAGUCCGAUAUCAGCGACCGUUACUGGCGUCACGAUUUACGCAAUCCAAAAUCCUCACGUCCGCCACGCUCGAUGACGCAGCUCGAGUCGUUCUUCGACCGUUUGGGUUUAGAACCAGAAGACUAUCACGCGAACAUCACCGAGCCAUCCUCGAAAACUAGCUCACCGAUAUUCUUCGACAGCGUUAGUUCGGUCGAUUCGGCACUCGGACUUUACCCGUCUUGGGCCGCGGCAAAUUCCUCGCAAAAUUGGGCGGUUAAUAACGAGGAUUGCCCGACAAACCAACGCAGCGGAGAUCCACCGAGCAUCGUUGAGAGGAAUGCUAGGAUCAUCAAGUGGCUGUGCCAGUGUCGUAAAGCUCAGUUCGGGUAUAGUUGAGCGCAAGCUAAUAAGGAUACCGGUCUGUUUUUCGGUUAAGUAUUAUCUAUACUUAUAGGAUCGCUUGAACGACUUUUAUUUCUUGAAUUGGCUUGUUUCUUGGGGGAUUUGAUGAUGGAAUCGAUGACAAAUAAUUAGCGUGAAAAAACUACGUGUGUUUUCUUGCGAUUUUUAGCGGAUAUGAAUUUUUAUGCAAUAUUUUUCUAUCUGUAAAUGCUUUUUUAAGUGAAACUCAAAUAUUCUAGAUAAAAAAAAACUAUUUUAGAUAUUACGACGUAUACUUAUUUGUAUUUGUAAAAAAUGAAAAUCAUCGUUGAAAUUAAUAGACUUGAAAAAUUAAUUGAGAAGUUUUUCUUUGAGUAAUGAUAGAUGUCUUUCAAUCGUAGACUUCAUUUUAUCUUCACACGUGCUGUAUCGAACCUAACCAACAUUCAAUUUUUAUAUUCAAAUAUUGUACAUUUUCGCAUGAAAUACGGAUGCUCAAAUAAUUGAAAUUAUUAUAUUUAAAAUUACCUAAUAUAUAAUAAUAGAAAGUAAGUUUUAGAAACAAGCCAAUUUAUGAAAGUCGCUUGACUGUUCCUAUCGCUACAAGUUCAAGAUAACGAUAAAAAAAAAUUCCAUCAUUUCUAUCUUAAUGUGCGUACACUUACUGUUUGUUCAUAAUUCCGUCAAUUUGUAGCGUUUUUCCAAUCGUAAAUGUCGAGAAAAAAGACUCGAUGAAUUAAAAAAACAAGUAGUUAAAACUACUUACAAGCUCGAUACAGUUGACGUUAUUAAUGAUUAAUUAGUUGUGGCAAUUAUCUAUUAAAAACAAACAAAAAUAUUUAAUUACUCGUAAAUAUUUUUAGAAUUAAUUCUUUCACUGUUCUGAACUCGAGUAGAUUCAUUUUCGUCUGUAAUAACCGAUAUUAUAAAUCGAAAAAAGAACUACAGUUGUCGAGAAACAAUUGUGCCAUUUACGAAUUAUAAAAUGCAGAGAUUUAUUUUUUAUCAAUAGUCUCUUAGAGUUACAGCGUUAAACAAAAUUGAUAAUAACAAUACUUUUAAUAGUAUUUCGUUGACGUCUUAUGAGCCUUAGAUUUUGUAUAAAGUUUCUCUAUUUUUUAUUGAAUUAAAUGAAAUAGGAGCUUAGUGACUAUGACAAAUGGAAGUUUUUGUUUUCAAGUAGAGCAUCAAUAAUAUUGAAAAACUAUUUAUUGACACGUGUGCAAAUGCAAACAUGUAUUCGCUCAUUUUACUCCGUAGAUUUUGAGUAGUAUGAGAGUUUUAUUUUUUUAAAUUAGUGUAUGAUCAUAUAGUAGUAUUCACCAUGCUCCUUCUUUCUCUAUACAUAUAGAUAUAUUUACAAUUCUUAUGUAUACUUGCGGUCGCUUCUAGAUUAAUAUCGUUGCUUUUCCUUGUAAACGUGUUUGUUAUUAAUUAAUGCAUUUUAUCGAUAAAAAUAUGUUAGUCGUAACCAAAAUGUUGAAAAACUCUUGUUUAAGCUGUCACAAGUAUAUUUGUUUAUAGUGUUAACCGCAACCGAAAGAAAAAUUUAUAUUUAUACAUGAGUAAUUUAUUCGGCUGAAAGACGAGGAAGAGAAAAAGAAAAUUUGUUUAAGCCUGUUAGUGUUUGUCAAAGUCGAAACUUCUUUCGAAUUUUUCUAGUGAUUAAAAAAAAAUGCAAAAAGUAUUUUGCAAAACAUAUGUUCUUGUUAAUUUUCAUAGAUUUUUGAUGGUGGAAAUGUGUUUCAAUAUAUGAACUUAAAGAAAAAAAUGUUGCCUUCACUUGCUGGUCAUAAAAUGCCGCAAACUUGAAAAGAAACAAUUGUAUAAGGUUGAUUUUUAAAUGUCUCUCAUGAAAUAUUUAGUAAUUUGCUUAGGUUCUCCCGAAACAUUUUACGAAAUACUGCGAGCGGUGAUUGAUAAUAUGAACGUGUAGAGUUCCAUUUUUUGUGGAAUUGACGAUAUUUGUAGAAUAAACCCAUGUCUACUGGAAGUAGAAGAUAAAAAGUUGUAAUAAUAUAGUCGUGCAAUUAGCAUUUUAAUGAAUAUCAAACCCCAGACAAUCUAGCGAUCACUAUAUUUUUUCUGAAAUAACAUUAAACAACGAAUGCUAUUGUCUUUCCAUUAUAACCGAUUAGUUGAUCAUCGUUCGCAUUUAGGGGCUGUCGGCACAAAUGGUCGUUUUCUGUCAUUGUUACAAAUACACGAAGUACAUACACUGUACAAACUGUAAAAUUUUGUAUGCUUCCUUUUCUUCGUGAGCACCUUUUAUGUAUUAUUGUACAUAUUUUAACUUAUUCGCUUGAUUAUUUCCAAAAUUAAUCAGUAAAUAAUUUUGAACUAAUUCCAUCUUCGUUUGUGAGGCUACUGACUGAGCAGUAGAUUGUAAUUAAAGAUGUUGUAGGUACUAUUAAAUUUAUUCCAUUUUUUAUUUAAAGCUAUAGACUGUUACGUAAUUUUUACAAAGUUGAGAACGGGGUAUACGAAAAUUAAUCAAUAUUUGUCAUUAUAUAAGUAUUCAAUAAAUGUGAAUGCAUGCACACCAUUAUUACAAGUAUUUAGUAUCAUUCCAAUAGUUAAGGUGUUCGUUUUAGUCUUGCCUCGUAUAUUUUAUUUUACUCAAUAAAUAAAAAAAGUUCGCGGUUCUAAAAUGUAUUUGUUUUACACAAAAUAUACAAUUGUUUCAAUUAUCGUAAAAAUUGCAUAUUGAUUUCGAUACUCAGAUUUAAUAAGCUUAUGUAGUAUUUUUGCAUUGGAUUCAUUUAUCAAAAAAUCACAAACUUUUGAAAGCAUAUAUUUUAUGUAACCACCCGUGUGAACAUAAUGUAGCUUUUCGAAUUCAUUGACAUUUAAUGCGUAAAAAUGAAUGUAGUAAACAAGUAAAAGAUAGUCAAAUAAGCAUACUAAUUUUAUGAAACUGCUGAUUUAUUAAUCUUUGUAGCAAGUAUGCGCGAAAAUGGUUCGAGUUUUAAGAAAAAUUUUCAUAAACGAAUAAAUAAAAGAUGCUUUUCCAUUUUUUUUGUUUUGAUGCACAAAAUUGAAAAAUAAUAUAAAGUAGCAUGCACCUAUACGUUCUAAUGGAACUUUUUACUCAACGUUUAUAUAUAUGUAAUAAUAUUUUAUUUAAUAAUUUCUACGAAAUACGAAUUUUGAUCAUACACGACAAUUAUUCAAACGUACUAAUAUAUUCUCAAAUAAAAAAUGCUUUCAUUGUAUUUUUUAACGAAAAUCUAAUGCAACUUGUAUUCGUCGUGCAGAAAAAUGCAUAAGCUAUAUUUUUUCAAUAAUCGACCACUGUCAUUUUGUGAUUGUAUUACAAUGUUUCUAACAUUCCACUACGUGCAUUUUACAAAAUGUGCACUCGGCGUGAGUGCGUGCGAAUAACAUAAUGAUGACGAUACAUAUAUUCAAAAUUCAACGCAUUGACCAAUAAUCAGUAGAUGAAACUAUAGCGUAUUUUUGACUCAAACAUUUAUAAUAUUGCUUGAUCGAUGUAAAGAUGUUUGUUUAUUUCACUUUAUUGAAAUGUAUUUCAGUUGCGAUAACAUCUAUACUUGCAAUGAGAGGACAUUAUUUUUUAAAGUUUUACAUAUACCUCUGAAGCGAAAACGUAAAAUAUAUAACAUAUUUCGUAGAAUGAGCGCUAAAAAAAAGGAAGUAAUAUUAUAUAGUGUAGACUAGUUCUUUUUCGCUUUUUUAACUAUAAUAUCAGCGAAUAUAGUCAAUCUUGUUUUGUCGUUUUACGAUGUGUAAAAACAAUCAAACGAUUUAAUGGAAUGAAUGGCGAAGUGCUUCUCUUCUGGUACUUUGGUUCGUUGGCCCGUAACUUUGGGAAAUCUUGAAGAUUAAUUAGUAAUAUCUCAACAUCGUAUCAGUAAUGUGAAACGUUGAUAUUCAGAUUUGAUAACGGGCGUAAAUAUUUUGUGUUGUCUAUGAAAAUUAAAAUUAAUUUCGAUCUAACAUGUCGAUAAUUCUGGUAAAAGUGGUUUAUACAGGGUAGCUUCAAGUCAAGCGAUGAGAGAAAAAUUGCACGGCUUCCUAAAGAAAAUUUGUGUUUCAAAUGUAUUUUUUUUUUAUGUGAAUUAUCAAUUUGACAAGUGGCACAAACACAAUAGCUAAGAAGUGAGUUUUUACAACAUAAUCUAAAACAUUUCUUUAACUGUAUAAUCCGUAACGAUUAAAUUAGAAAUCGUUAAAACGUAUAGACUUUACUUUACUUUUUUUUGAUGAUCUAGUCACGUAGACAACAAAAAAACUAUGUUAAACAUUUUAAAUAAUAUAACUAUAUUUCUUCUGUAUAGCAUCAAACGAUGUAUCUUGUAUAAUCUUCAAAGAAGUCUUUGAAUACGAGUGCAAUAAAUAAGAGUUAUUAAAAAAAUAUUC